CAUUCCCAGCUGCCUUGAUAACGAGGGGGGAGCGUUUGCAAUGGUGCCAGAACUAAAAAAUGUAAGAGUGAAUUCGGUUAACUUUCGUAGCAAGUUACAGUGGGAUCCACCUACUUUUCACAAAGGAAAUAUAACGUAUACAGUCCAACAUAAAAGCUCCUACAAGAACACAUUUGAAAACCUGUGCACAAGCAUUGAUACUACAGUGUGUGACAUCUCCUUUCUUUCCAUAUAUGGAAACUUCACCGUUCGAGUCAUGGCAGAGUCAGAGAAUGAACUGUUGGGCUUGGCUGACAUCAUCUUCAACCCAAUGGAGGACACAAUCAUUGGACCACCUGCUGUAAAAGUGAGAUCUGAAUCUGGAUAUUUGACUGUAGAUUUCACAGGCCCUGCUUCUGAAAAUAGUCAUGAAAACUGGACCGUACAACAGUAUUAUGGCUCUUGGUUUUACAGGGUGCAAUACUGGAAGAAAGGCAGUGCCCAAAAGGUGAUAACUGUGAAUUCUUCACAUAACUCAGCAUCAUUAUUAGACUUGGACCCUUGGACAGUAUAUUGUCUUCAAGUUCAAGCAGUUGUCCCUGAAUGGAAUAAAGUAGGAGAAUUUAGUCAAGUGUUGUGUGAAAAGACAACUGAAAAUGGUAUAACACCAGUGUGGAUGGUUGUUGCUGUUCUUCUGAUAUCCAUGUUGGUUGUUCUAGUAUCUGUUCCUGCUUGUUUCUUUUCCUUUUUAUGUAUAUAUCAACAGACCAGAUACAUCUUCUAUCCUUCUUAUUCUUUCCCACAACAUUUGAAAGAGUUUUUGAGCAAGCCUUCCUACAGUUCACAGUUUUGUGCACCACAGUCUCCAGAAGAGGAUCACUCUUAUGACAAGUUAACUGUAAUUUCAGAAGAAUCUGAGAACUGCAGUGGAUAGACUGAGAAUCAGUCUAGCAACACAAAAGAGCAGGUUCAGAGCUCCCACCAAGAGAUUUCUGAUUCAGAAGUUCCAGAUUUGAAAGAAGAUCAAGUACAAACCUCAUACCUCAUUCAGCCAAUUAACUAAAUAGGCUAUUUACUAUGAGUUUGUAUUAAAUAAAUAUGCAGCAAUAAGCACUCAGUGAAAUUUCAUAUUUAAAAUUUGUGAAGAGCCUUUUAUCAGAAUUGUACUUAUUGUUCAAUUUUUAGAACCUGGAUUAUAAUAAUUGUGCAUAAUUUUUAGCCACUAAUUUGAAUGGCUUAUUUUAAAAAUGUAGCAUUCAUUAUAUAGCACCAUAAUGUGGUAUUGCUUACAAAGCAAUAUUAAUCAUCUGCUUAAUAUCAAUUAUUUAAAUUUUGAUGUAUUAUUUAUGUUUAAAGUUACGCUGGAUUGUGAACUGUAAAUGAUUAUUUUUAGAAAAAGUUGCUUUUUUCAAGAAUAUCAUAUUUUACUGGUUUUUAUAUAAGAACUUUUGUAUUUUCUUUCAGUGGUUUGCUUAAAAUCAUAUUUGUAGCAAAUAUAUUAAUAUUGUUAUUUUCUUCAAUGUGACACUAAUUUAUUAAAUUAUUUUUGACUGCUUACAUACCACCUUAAUAAAAUAUUAAAAACUU